AUGAGAAACUGGCUUUCUGUGUCUGAGAAGGGUGGUCAGGUGCCCCGAGUCCCAGCACCAUAUGUUCCGGCGAUGCUGCUGGAGAAACAGCGCCAGUUGCUAGUGGUGGGGUUCCCAAUUAAGGACGUAGGAGAAGGGAGCCAGCGGCGCUCUGCAGGCUCAGGAAACAAGGUCCUAUCUGGGCCAUCAGAGAAUGUUCCUGGAAAAGGGACCAGCCUGGGGUGGAGUAGGUCUGCCUUGGGCCAGCCAGUAGUGCAUGGAUUCUUGACUUCAUGCAGGAAAGAUUUCACAACACGAGUCCAGGUGAUGUUGAGAGCACGUUAA